AUGUCUCCUAGUCGUCGUACACCUACACCAUAUGCUACUAGCAGUUCUACAUCAUCAUCAUCGAAUAAUUCAUAUAGACCUCGGAUUAGAAGAUCGUCAUCUGUUACUUUACGUCAAUUAGCUGUACACGAUCUUGAUGAACCUCAUUCAAGAAUUUGGAAUCAAUCAUCAUCAAGGCAAGAAGAAGUAUUUCGAAUUUCAAGACCAACCUUUAAUAUACCACGUUCAUCAAUAUAUUUACCUAAUGAUAAUUUAAUAUGGACACCUAGUGUGAGACCUAUACAUGUCGAAGAUCUUUCUUCAUCACCUAAUUCAACUUCAAGAAUACAUCUUUUUGAUCAACCAUUCUCUCAAAUUGCACAACCACCAAUUCCAUCUCCGCCAUCAAUUCAAUAUCAAAUUGUACCUAUUCCUUCUGCUCAACCUUCACCAAUUUAUACUCUUCGUCAUAUAAAACGAAAAAAAAAAUUUAAACAAGAAAGAACUCCAGGUCUAUGUACAACUUUAUGUAGUGGUGGUUUUGGGACAUUUGCUGCGCUUAUUUAUUUAAGUUGUUGUCUUGCUUUACCAGUAACAAAACUUGCAUUGGGUAUUCGAUAUAUAAAAGAUUGUCCCGUUGAUAAUAAAAUUCCAUUGUAUAUGAUUGUAUCUGGUGCUUGUGGUAUAGGUAUUAUACUUUUUCUUCUUCUUUCAUCAACUUGUACAUUUUAUCGAUCAUCAAUUGUUGCAAGAAAAUCAACUCAUAAAUUUAUGAUAUGUACUAUUGCAUUUGCACGUGGUAUGCAAGGUAUUAUAGCUAUAUUUCUUUUAAUUUGGUUUUUCGUUGGAAAUUUUUGGGUAUUUGGUGCUCGAUAUCGUCUUCAAACUAAUAAUCCAAACGAUAAUAAUUAUUGUCAUCCAGUUCUUUAUUGAAAUUUUGAUGAUGAAAACUUUUCUGGCGAACAAGAUGAUAUUUCAGAUACAUUUGCUGUUAGUGAACUUCAUUAUAAAAUUCCAUUUUGGAUCGGUGUUAUUGUAAUUAGUCUUCUUUUUCUAUCAGCUAUUAUUGCAUCAAUACGUUAUUGUUUUUAUACACUAUGUUCAUCACACGCCGAAACAGAAAAAGUAACAUUAGUACCACCAAAAUCACCUUGUCUAACGAGUACUGCUAAUACAAUUCAACGUCAACGACGUCAAUUACCUGUUAAUAUUUCUCAUCAUAUAUCAGAUGAUAAUGAGAAAUCAUCAUCAUUUUCCGAUGAAACAAAAGAUCAUCAUUCAAAUCUAUCAAUUAUACCUAUUGUUCGUCAACAUUCUCGACCACAUUUUAUAUCUACACAAAAUCAUCAUCCGAAUAUUGAUACAAAAGAUAUUGAUAAACAUAAUUUUUCUUCGAUUCAAUCAUCACAAUCUCGAAUACCAAUUGAUAUUAGAAAAAAAAUUCAUGGUAUUUAUGUGUUACCUGUUUCACCUACACUUUCAUCAUCAUCAUCAACAACAAAUACUGAUGAAAUAAUUAAACAUGGUUCGAAUACAAUACCUAUUCGUUCACUAAGACAUAUAUCAUCAUCAAUAAAUGUUCAUAAUGAUUCAAUAUGUCGUGGUAUUAAAAAUAAUAGUUUUGCCGAUUCACCACAACCAAAAGAUCGUACAUUACCACGAUCUCAUGCAAGUACAUUACGACGUAUUCAACCACCAUCACAACCGCCACCAUUACCACCAACUAUAUCACAAUUUCAUUUCAAUAAUGUUCGAUCAUCGAUUGAUGUUAAUAAUGAUAAAUCAUUAGUUCAACAUCAGUCAGCUACACUAGAUCUCGAUCAUAAUAAUAUUGUUGCUCUUCGUUAUCAUAGUCAAAAAAUCUAUGGUAAAUUCGAAGAAAAUCAUUUGAAAAAACCUUCACCACCGCCUGUACCUUGUCGAUCACAAAAACCAACGAUGUUACCAAUCGGUUUUGAAAAUUUAACAUCAGCACAACCAGAUCCAAUUGGUUUUCGAGUAGCUAUUGAAUCAUCACCACAAGAUGAUUAUUCUGAACAUACAUGGCCAAAACCACCUGAAUCGAUGACAACAUCAGAAAUUGGUGUACCACCACCGCAAGUUCUUCCAUUAUCGAUACCUUAUGAUCGUCUUCAUCAUGAUCAUUUAAUACCUACUGUACUUAUGCGUCAUAAUAGUACAAAUAAUUUUUUUCAACAUCAUCGAUUUGGUGAACAUACUAUGUUGACAGAAUCAGAAACGUGA